AUGCAUGAGGAUGAAAGCAGCCCAGAUGGUGCUGGAACUGGAUGUAAUGUGCAGAAGCGAUGUGUGGAAGCAAAAUCACAACACGGAGAAAAGACUUCUAGAUCCAGGUCUCGCAGUCCCCUCCACGUCUCUCACACUCUGCUCCAGAGCUCCCGCUUUCCACACCAGAGAUCUCACUCUCCGCGCCAGAGGUCCCUCAUUCCGCGCCAGAGGUCCCGCUCUUCAAGCCAGAGGUCCCGCUAUCCGCGCGACAGCAUUCCACACCAGCAGUCCCACACUCCGUGCCAGAGAUCCCGCUCUCCCUACCAGAGAUCCCACUCUCCAUACCAAAGGUCCCUCACUCCGCGCCAGAGCUCCCACUCUUCAAGCCAGAGAUCCCACACUCUGCGCUACAGCCCUCCACACCAGCUCUCCCACUUUUCUCAUUGGUGGUCCCACACUCCACGUAGGAGGAACCAGCACAGAGAGGGUGGUGACUUAUUCCUAUUAGAUAAUGGAAAAUUCCAAAGACGGGUCCUCUAUCUGCUGGCCGCUAUUCGGGAAAAGCUGUCCCAAGUGGGCCAAAACUGUGAGCCCCCAGACACUCAGUUCCACCUGGAGAAGAUUAACAGUAGGCGUGAGCUCAAGAAUCUGGAAGGCCAUCUGGCUGAUGAAGGAAAGAAGAAUCUGAUGAGUUCUUACAAACCGGUUGAUGGCCAUGAUGAACAUGGAUGGCACAGGGCCAAAGAAAGCUUUUGGCAAAACACAGCUCUGCCAAGUUAUAAUAGGUGCUCUACAGCAGUCAAAACCACCAUCAUCAGAGGCUGAUAUAAAUAAACACAUGUAGAACUAUCUCCGGUCUGCUCCCGACAGAUAUGGGGGCAUGGGACGCCAAAAGGGCCGGACGGCGAUUGAUCUGUGUUCAGAUUCAGAAUAGUUCCAUCCACAGAACAAAGCUGAAUUUUAAAAAUAGUUUUUUAUUUUUUUUCGUAUUCAUGAUAUUGGGUGCAAACUUCACAAAGGUAGUUUUCACUUGUAUUUUUGAAUUUGAAGCA